AUGCCGAAGCUUGAUCCUUACCCAUUCUCCUCGAGGAGUUUUUCCUCCGAAUCAAGUACGUCUGGAGUUCCUUCAAUGUGGUGUUGCAAGGCCAGAAGGAAAACUCGAAACAUCUAUCUCAGCGAGUUGACCCAAACAACUGAAGCUGCGUAUGAUGUUCAGUGCACUGAUCCCCACAACAGAGGGCAAUUGGACUCCACCGUAUCUGAUCUUAGAGGGCGUAACAUUAAUCCAGGAAUAGAAAACCAUUACACUGCAGCUACUUCAGCUUCUAUGGGGUCUACUUUCCUUGGAUUCCAGAAAUGGAGUUCUUGCUUCCAAGGUGGAGGAGGUCCAUAUAGUUCAUCAACUGAGAAUUCCUUGAGAACUAGAGAAUUAGCAGAUAAGUCCGCAACAAGUGAGAUGAAAAAGAAAAAGAAGAAGGGAGUCGAUGUCAAUUUGAACAAGAAGCCCUUGUCAGAGAGAGCAUCAGAAGUAGCUCAACCGAUGCCUAUUGUGUUGGUUUGUAAUGCGGAAAAGCCUAAGGAUGAUGGGAAAUUCAACUGGGCAGCUAAAUAUCGACCCAAUGUUUUGAGUGACUUCAUCUGCCAUCAAGAAGUAGCUGAAAGGCUCCGUCUUUUGGUAAGCAGUGGACUAUCUAGACAUUGCAUAUUUCAAGGAUCUCCAGGGGUCGGAAAGAGAACCAUGGCCCUGGCAUUGCUUAGAGAAGAUUUUGGAACUCAUGGAAUAGAGAUACAUGUUUCUGCAGCAAUAAUUCUAUAUGGGGCUGGAAUGCUAUCCAUGAAUGAUCAACUCCAAAUUCAGAGUUGUUUAGAGACUUACAAAGGCCAUUACAAAGUCUACUUUUGCUCUUCUGGGGCUUCCAAGCUUCAACAUAUCGAGUCCCUUUGCACAGUUAUUCAAAUUCUACCACCAUCGAAGGAGCAGAUCAUUAAAGUGUUGGAGUUCAUUGCUAAAUGCGAAGGCAUAGAACUACCUCCCAGAUUGGCUGAGAAUAUAGCAGAGAAGUCUAAGCAUAGUAUUCAACAAGCUAUUCGUUCCUUUGAGGCCACUUGGCAAUUGAACUAUCCCUUCAAGGAAGAUCAGAUGAUUCUGACUGGUUGGGAAGAAGAACUUGCAAAUAUUGCAAAAAAUAUCGUUGAUAAGCAAGGCCCAAAACAGUAA